UCGCCAAAAAAAUAAAUAAAUAACAGAAAUACAAAGAUACAGUAAAUAAAAAAAUGGAGAAACUGAAAAUAUACGCGGUGAUGUGUAUGAUGAUGGUGGUGAUAUCGUCGACGGUGACGGCGGAGGAGAUUCCUGUGACGGCGGAUCAGAUGAAUCUGGCGGCGGAGGCCGCCGCCGAGAGCUUCAAGAACAGCGUCGGAGACGUUGCUCAGGGCACCAAGACCUGGGUCGAUUGGGCCGCCCAGAAAAUGAGGGAAAUGGGCGGAGGCGUGAAGGAGUCGGAACAGUAACCAGCCAUAUCGGAUAUAUAUAUAUCGACGGAACUACAUUAUAGAAAAGGGAUUAUAGACCCCAUUUAGUUAGUUGAAAAAUAUUAAUAUCUUUUUAAAUUUUGUAAAAUUAUAAAUAAUAUUAUCAAAUGCCCCCAUAAAA